AUAGUUGAUAUACGGAAUACAAGUCAGUUGAAUUUAAACUGUAACUCGAUUCGGAUAAAAUGAUGAUGAGAUUCGUGGGUUCAAUUUUUAUUAUAGCAACAUUGUAUUUAGUUCGAUCAGAUAAUGAUUUACCAAGAGUAAAAACACCUCUCGGGAACAUCCAAGGAUAUUACAAAAUAUCUGAGUAUGGAAAACUUUAUGAAGCUUACGAAGGGAUUCCAUAUGCUUUGCCGCCAGUUGGAAAAUUGCGUUUUGAAUCGCCACAAUCAAUACCGGCUUGGCCAGGUGAAAUAAAAGCGACUAAGUUGUCGCAUCAGUGCCUGCAAUACAAUCAUAAACCGUAUCACCUGGCAGGUGAAUAUGUCAUUGGCGCUGAAGACUGUCUGUAUUUGAAUAUCUAUAUACCGGAACGAGAAGAUGAAACUUUCUUACUACCGGUUAUAUUUUGGAUUCAUGGGGGUGCUUUUAUUCAUGGAUCGGGCAACAUAUUUGGCGGGAAAUUUUUAAUAGAUAAAAAUAUCAUUUUAGUUACUAUUAAUUACCGUUUAGGACCACUAGGUUUUUUGAGUACUGAUGAUGAUAUUGUAUCUGGAAAUAUGGGACUCAAAGAUCAAAGCAUGGCAUUAAGAUGGAUCCAUGAUAAUAUCGAAUUUUUCGGGGGUGAUUCUAAAAAAAUUACCUUAAUAGGUUUAAGCGCUGGCGCUGCCAGUGUACAUUAUCACUAUUUAUCCCCAUUGAGCGUUGGCCUUUUCCAAAACGGUAUGUCUAUUAGUGGUACAGCUUUAGAUUGUUGGGCUCAAACGGAAAAUUCUUCAGAGAAAGCCAAAAAGCUUGGUACUCUUAUGGGUUGUCCGACUGAAAGAACUAAUGAAAUGGUGGAAUGCUUAAGACAGCGACCUGGAAGAGUUAUUGUUCAGGCUGUCAAAGAUUUUAUGCCAUGGCUUUACAAUCCCUUUAGUCCCUUUGGACCAGUUAUAGAAAAAGCAUCGGAUAAUGCAUUUAUCAGUCGUUCGCCAGUAUUAAUUGUACAGAGUGGAGAUGUUAUGGAUGUUCCUUGGAUAACGGGUGUUACUAGUGAAGAGGGUCUUUAUCCUGUGGCUGAAUUUGCAGUAAAUAGACAGCUUUGGAAAGAGCUGAAUGAAAAUUGGGAAUUGUUAGCUCCGCAUUUAUUAGAUUUCAAUUACACCUUGUCACAAGUGAUGCAUGCUGAAAUAGCGAUAAAAAUUAGAAAUCAUUAUAUGCAGCACAAUUCCUUUAAUCAACAAAAUAUAAAGCCCGUUAUUAAAAUGGUAGGUGAUAGGUUGUUUGUAAUAGAUGCAGAAAAAGCUGCUAGAAUGCAAGCUAAGGUGAAUAAGAGUCCUGUAUGGUUUUAUUACUUUACUUAUAGAUCGGCUGAAAGUCUCAGUGAUCUAUAUAGUGGGACAACACAAAAUUUUGGCGUUAGUCAUGCUGAUGAUGCUUAUCUUGUAAUUGAAAAUCCGAUGAUAAAUCCAACAAUAACUAAAAGUGAUCGAGCUAUGCAAAGUGAUUUAUUACAUUUGUGGACUUCGUAUGCUAAUAAGGGAGUACAAGAUUUUUCACCUGAGUGGAAAAAAGUAGAUCCAUCUGAAACAAACUUUAAUUAUUUACAUAUUUCUGGACCCGGUAAAUUUAAAAUGGAAGAAAGUAUUAAUUUUGGAGAAAAACAGUUUUGGAAUUCUAUAAAUUUCAUAGAAAAUGUACAAAAAUCGAAUUACAUAAAAAACGAACUAUAGUUACACAAGCAAUAGAAAUAGAUAUAUUUGUCGUUUAAGAAUCUUUGAAAAGUAUAUUAUUUUCAACUUAAA